AGCUCUGCAGCUCCUCACUCUGCUCUCUGUCGUCUUCAGCUACAGCAGGAACGCAGCAUCGACCAUGGCCUCCUUCACCCGCUCAUACUCCCGCUCCGUCAGGUCCUCCGUGGGCAGCAGCGGCUCCAUGAGGGCCAGCAGCGUGUACGGUGGAGCUGGAGGCUCCGAAGUCCGCAUCUCCUCCUCCUCUGUGGGUGGAGGGCUCAAUAGCAGCCUCGGCGGAGGACUCGGCGGAGGCUACUUGUCCUCCGUCAGCUACAACGGUUCUGGCAUGGACGACAGCCUGAUCGGCAACGAGAAGUUCACCAUGCAGAACCUGAACGACCGUCUGGCCUCCUACCUGGAGAAGGUGCGCAAGCUGGAGAAGGCCAACGCCGAGCUGGAGCUGAAGAUCAGGCAGUUUGUGGAGAACAAGGUCGGCCCCUCCACCCGGGACUACACCACCUUCUUCGUCACCAUCAGCGACAUCACUGCAAAGAUUCAGGAAGCCACCAAGAAAAACGGAGCCAUUCACCUGAGCAUCGACAAUGCCCGGCUGGCUGCUGACGACUUCAGGACAAAGUAUGAGAAUGAGCUGGCCAUGCGGCAGUCGGUGGAGGCUGACAUCAGCGGGCUCAAGAAAGUCCUGGAUGACCUGACGCUGGCUAAGAGCGACCUGGAGAUGCAGAUCGAGGGCCUGAAGGAGGAGCUAAUCUUCCUGAAGAAGAACCACGAGGAGGAGCUGCUCGCCAUGCGGAAUCAGAUGAGCGGUCAGGUGCAUGUGGAGGUGGACGCCGGUCCACAGCAGGACCUCACAAAGGUCAUGGCUGAGAUCAGAGAGCACUACGAGGCCGUCACCGCCAAAAACCAGAGAGAGCUCGAGUCCUGGUUCCAGACCAAGACUGAGACUCUGAACAAAGAGGUCAUCACUCAAACCACCUCGCUGCAGACGUCCAGGUCAGAGGUCACGGAGGUGAAGCGCACGCUGCAGUCUCUGGAGAUCGAGCUGCAGUCCAUGUUGGGCAUGAAAGCGUCGCUGGAGGCCUCUCUGGCUGAGACGCAGAACCGCUACUCCAUGCAGCUCUCCAGGUACCAGAUGCAGGUGAUGUCGCUGGAGGAGCAGCUGACGCAGCUGAGGUCCGACCUGGAGCGGCAGGGGCAGGAGUACCGCAUGCUGCUGGACAUCAAGACCCGGCUGGAGAUGGAGAUCGCUGAGUACAGGAGGCUGCUGGACGGAGAAGCCACCAGCAGUGUCACCACCAAGUCCUCGAGCACCACGACCAAGCGGGUGGUGACGGUGGUCCAGGAGGUUGUUGACGGGAAGGUGGUGUCCUCCUCUUCCUCCACGUCCUCCUCUGUCCUAACCAGCUGAGCCGCUGCAGCCAAUCGGCGUCUCCUCUCAGAGUGCUGACAAUAAACCGAGAGUCUACAUAAAAA